AUGGCGACUAAGAAAACAAGGGGAAAAAAAUCAAGGGCAGGUUUGGAUUUUGAAGAGAUUAUUAAGGAGAGGGAGACAUGGGUUUUGGAAGUCGAUCGGUCCACUGUCAAUGUUUUGGACAUCCACGAUCGUUGUAGAUCAUCAUAUCAAUCUUCGGCAGAGGAUAUGGGAGGAAUGAGCAAAGGGUGUUCCAAAAAACAGAUCCUAAAGCAUGAGAAGGGGAGUGGUCAAGAAGAGACAUUUGGUGCGAAUACAAA